CAUCGCAUACUGUGUUAAAGCCAGCAAGCUAGCUAACGUUCACGUUAUCUUCAAUGGAAAUCACCCACGUUGUUCCCCGUUCUUGAAACUAAUAUGAGGAGCCUUUCCAGAGCAGUGGUCCAAGGUUGCUUUAUUGACAGAUUAGUUUUCUUCUAAUCCUGCCACUCCUGGUUCUGAGGGGACCCACAGGAUGUGCAGACUUUAGUUCCAGCGCAGUGCCACCCACCUGAUUCAACCAGCCCUGACUUUAAUAGUUGAAUCAAGUACAUAGCCCAGUCUAACCAUCAAGAUGAGUGAGUUGAAGGACUGCCCCCCUCUAAAGUACUAUGACUUUAAGCCAGUAGAGCAUGUCAAGGUGUGUCCCCGCUACACUGCCGUGCUCGGGCGCUCAGAGGACGAUGGCAUCGGUAUUGAGGAGCUGGACACACUGCAGCUGGAGCUGGAGACUCUCCUGUCCUCUGCUAGCCGCCGUCUCAGAGCUCUGGAAGAACAGAGGCAGAUCCUCACAGACUGGCAGGAUAAGAAAGGGGACAAGCGCUUUCUGAAGCUGGGAAAGGACGCAGACCUCUCAGCCUCAUCACGUCACAAACCGAAGAAGCAGAAACUCGAUGGAAAGGGCAGUCACGGGCCUGGGCCUGGUCCUGGACGACCUAAAUCCAAAAAUCUGCAGCCCAAAGUCCAGGAGUACGAGUUAAGUGAGGAUCCACAGGACAUUCCCCGUAAUCCUAAGAAUGAUGCCCCCAACAGAUUUUGGGCAUCAGUAGAGCCAUACUGUGCUGACAUCACAAAUGAAGAAAUCCGGGUUCUGGAAGAACUCCUGAAGCCCCCGGAUGAUGAGGCUGAAUACUACAAGAUUCCGGCAUUGGGGAAACACUACUCUCAGCGAUGGGCUCAGGAGGAUCUGCUGGAGGAACAGCGGGAAGGGGCUCGAGCCAACGACAAGAAGAAAAGCCUCAUGGGACCACUGUCUGAACUUGACGCCAAAGAUGUGGAUGCCCUGUUAAAAAAGUCAGAGUCCCAGCACGACCCGCCAGAUGAUGGUUGUCCUUUUGGUCCUCUUACACAGCGGCUCCUUCAGGCUCUUGUCGAGGAGAAUAUCAUAUCACCCAUGGAGGAUUCUCCAAUCCCUGACAUAUCUGGGAAGGAUGGAGGGAACGAGGGAGCUGGGACCUCACCUCGCAGCCAGGGCAAAGCUUUUAGUGUUCCUCACACGCGCUCUCUAGAGGCACGGAUUAAGGAGGAGCUGAUGUCUCAGGGGCUGCUGGAUUCUGAGGAGCGACCCGGAGCAGGCGGAGACUCCGAGGAUGAGGUGCUCGCUGAGCUCCACAAGAGACAGGCUGAACUCAAAGCCCUGAGUGCCCACAACAGAUCCCGUAAGCAGGAGUUACUCCGCCUGGCAAAGGAGGAGAUGCGGAAGCAGGAGUUGCGGCAGAGGGUCCGGGUGUCUGAUAAUGAGGUCAUGGAGGGCUUCCGUCGCAUUAUGGCUGCCAGGCAGAAGAAACGCACACCGACAAAGAAGGAGAAGGAUCAGGCAUGGAAAGCACUGAAGGAAAGAGACAGCAUCCUCAAGCUGCUGGAUGGGUAGAGGGGCAAUCAUUUAGGGUGGGUGUGGGAAGGGGUAGUUUCAGUCUGCCAAUGAGUAUAUACUGUUGUAUAUGUGUGUGUGUGUGUGUCUGGUCAUACGCUUCCAUGCUCUAGUGGCCAUAAGCAUUUUAUCACGUUUUCUUACUCUAUAUAACUAUCCAAUGGAAGUACAGUGAAUACCUGCAAUGAUGUAGCAUGAUUGUCAUAGUUGUUGAAAAUGGAGGCAUGCAUUUUUUGAUAAUUUGUGUAUUCUUGUAUGAGUAUGUGAACUAAACUUUCAGUGUAUUCAGUUUGACCAUCCUCACCAGAGGAGCUUAUGAUGAUUUCAUGUGGUACUCUGUGUGCAUUACUGGCAAUUGUUUUCUGAGACUAACUAGUAUUGUUUUCCACUGCCGUUUUCCAAGUUCUGUUGUUGAUUUUGUUUACAUUUUAUUUAACGUUUAUAGUGUAUCUCUAGUAUGGAAAAACUAAAACAUAAUGUGUGAAGAAAUAAAUAUCAGGAAAAGGGUUGUGAGGGAA